GGCGGAGCGUCGAGGCAGAGGGAGCCAGGGGCGGCGCGUGGAACUCCGAGCGUUCCUCCCUGUUCCCCGUGACCCGGCGGCGCGAUGGCGGCUGCGGCGGAGCGCACCGAUGAACUGGUGCGGGAAUAUCUGCUCUUCCGCGGCUUCACCGCCACCUUGAAGCAGCUCGAUGCGGAGAUCAAAGCGGACAAGGAGAAGGGCUUCCGGGUUGAUAAGAUAGUGGACCAGCUUCUGCAGGUUGUUCACAGCUAUGAUCUGACAGCCCUUCGGGAUUACUGGAGUUACCUUGACAGGCGCCUUUUCAGUCGAUUGGAGGAUGUGUACCGACCUACAGUGAACAAACUGAAGAUUAGUUUAUACCGCUACUACCUCAUUCAUACUGUGCAGACGAACAGGAAUGACAAGACACAGGAAUUCUUUCUCAAGCAAGCCUCUGAACUUCAGAACCAAGCUGAGUGGAAGGACUGGUUUGUUCUACCUUUCAUUACAAAUCCAGAUGCAAAUCCUACCUUUGCCACAUAUUUUACUCGUCAGUGGGCAGACACUUUCAUCGUUUCUCUGCACAACUUCCUCAGUGUCUUAUUUCAGUGCAUGCCUGUACCAGUAAUCUUGAACUUUGAGACAGAAUGUCAGAGGAAUUGUUUUCUACAAGAAGAAAAUGAAAUUCUGCGUCAAAAGCUGUUUGCCUUGCAGGCAGAGCACUUCCGAAUGAAGAAAGAGGAACAGCCGCAGCAACAGGAGGAGGAAGAGCUGAUUCUUCAUCACAAGCUUCCUUCCUACGUGGCCAACAUGGACCAUCUGGGGGACUCAGAGCUUGACAUGACAUGCAACCAAAGAAGCACUGCUCACUCUCUCCAGACCCGAGGGGGAUUCCUGUCUUCCUUGCUGUCUCAGGGUAAAAAGGGCCCCUCUAGAGUGAUGCAGGCAACAGGAACCAACUCAGCACAGACUGGCAUGACACUGGCAGGCAAGAAAGAACAGUCAAACCACCAGAGUACCAAAGGAAAGGAGGCAGCAACUGGCUGCAAGGAAUCAAAAAGUCACUUCAGUGGCCUGGUGGCAACAGAGUCCAGCUCACUACAGCAGCGUCAGAGGCGACUGCAGGAUCAUGGGAAGGAAAGGAAAGAGCUUUUAUCUAAAACAGCUUCCCAGGGGCAGAAUGUUGAGAGGAAGAUGGAGGCUAGUACCAGUGAAACAGACCCAUCCCCUGAGCUGCAUGCUGAGCAAGCAGAAACCCUGACCAAAGUUUCCGGGUCCAGCAUAGAUGCUGGAGGCAUCAGGCAAGAGCAGCCAUUCAUUGUCUUGAGCCAAGAAGAAUAUGGAGAACACCACUCAUCCAUCAUGCAUUGCCGGGUUGACUGCUCUGGUCGAAGAGUGGCCAGUUUGGACGUGGAUGGAGUCAUCAAAGUGUGGUCUUUCAAUCCCAUCAUGCAGACAAAAGCUUCUUCCAUUUCCAAGUCUCCCCUGCUUUCCCUAGAAUGGGCAACCAAACGGGACAGGCUGUUGUUGUUGGGUAGCGGAGUUGGGACUGUUCGCCUCUACGACACUGAAGCCAAGAAGAAUCUUUGUGAAAUCAGCAUUGAUGAAGACAUGCCCAGGAUCCUCUCCCUUGCGUGCAGUCCAAGUGGUGUGUCUUUUGUCUGUUCAGCUGCCGCAUCGGGCCUUGUCAACCAGCUAGAUUAUGGAGCUCAAGAUUCCGGAGGGAAAGGCACAAAUCAAGUUCCUGGGAAACUACUUUUGUGGGACACUAAAACCAUGAAGCAGCAGCUCCAGUUUUCCCUUGAACCUGAGCCCAUCGCUAUAAACUGCACAGCCUUCAACCACAAUGGGAAUCUUCUCGUCACUGGAGCAGCCGAUGGCAUAAUUCGUCUCUUUGAUAUGCAGCAGCAUGAAUGUGCAAUGAGUUGGAAGGCCCAUGAUGGGGAAGUCUAUUCUGUUGAAUUUAGUUACGACGAGAAUGCUGUUUACAGCAUUGGAGAAGAUGGGAAGUUUAUUCAAUGGAACAUUCACAAAAGUGGCUCCAAGGUUUCUGAAUAUGCCCUUCCCAGAGAUGCCACUGGCCCAUUUGUGUUGUCUGGCUACAGUGGAUACAAGCAAGUCCAGUUCCCACGUGGAAGACUUUUUGCAUUUGACUCUGAAGGAAACUACAUGCUGACCUGUUCUUCCACAGGUGGUGUCAUUUACAAGCUGAGUAGUAAUGACAAGGUCCUGGAGAGCUGCCUCUCCUUGGGAGGACACAGGGCCCCAGUGGUCACAGUGGACUGGUGCACAGCUAUGGAUUGUGGGACCUGCCUCACUGCCUCCAUGGAUGGGAAGAUCAAACUAACCACUUUACUUGCACAGAAGUCAUAAAUGAAACUCUGCUGAUAGGAAAGUACAAGCUGUAGACUUCUUUAGGGAGGGAGGAUGGGGGAGAGAUCAGUAUUAACCAUUUAGGUCCAAACCACUUUGGGAAGGAGAGACUGUGUCAACCACUCCUCUUAAUGUUGCUUUCUCCUCUAGGUUGGAAACUUUUUAAAGCCGAUGCCAAACCACUGCCAGAUAGGAGUUUCAGUUACAGCAGUUCCCUUAAAUAAACAAUUCUCUUAGCAGGCAUGCACUGAACUUCAAGCUUUUUCCAUUGAGACCAGUCCCCCCCCUUUUUCCCAAUAGCACAUGACCAUUAACCUCCAGGAUCGUGCCAAGGUGUGGGAUGCAGACUUUGUAAAGAUUCCACUGGAAAACAAGGCCUGUGCAAAACCUUAACAGUAUUCUGUGUCUGCUCUGGUGUUUCAUAUUAAAAGAAAAUGUUUUGAUUGCAUUUGUUGUGUGUGUUGCUUCUGUAGCUUUAAGAAACUUCAGUGCAGGAUUUCUGGCAAGAGAACUGUAGUAUCGCAUCUUUCAUUUCCCUAUGUUGAGGGUCUUCUAAGGGCUUAUGGCUACUUGGGAGGCACUGUCGAUGUCUGAUAUGGGUAAUAGACUGCACGUGACUAGGAAAAUGCUGUAUUGCUGAGUAUUCAUGCAAGAGUGGCCGCUUUGUGUUUUAAAAAUAAUUUUUGUCCGAUUCCAGCUUCCAGUGACCAUAUCUUUCUCUUUGUGGGGACUAAUAUGAAUAUGUUUAAAUGAAUAAUUGCAAGCUGGCUGUUUUCUAACAAACUCUUCAUAAGAUUGUUCUAACUUAAGUACCUCAUUCUCUGUAAAAAAAAGAAAAUGAAGGAAUUCCUAUCAUAUCUUUUUUGCAGGGCAGCAGAAUAAACACACAAGGUAAAAGAAAAAGAAGUACCAACAUUGUAUUCCUGAAAGCCACUUAAGCAAGAAAGCAAUUGAGUCAUCUGUUUUCUUGAAAGCACUUCAGUCUGGGCCAGUUUUUUUUAAGGGUAGGCUUGCAGUAGAAUAUUGCAACUGGCCAGCCUAAGGCCAGCAGUGAAUAGAGUAGCUGGAUGCUGCAGUGUGGUCUCCAGUUUAUGUUCGAAUCUGCUACCCUACAUCAAAAUUGCCAGUAGUAGAAGCAGGUGCUGAACAGCAAUAAAGGAAAGUGUUGGUUUGGCAGGAUGUGAAGGCAUGAUUUAUGGAGGUAUGGAAGGCUAUGGAUGCAAGAUCACACCCUUUAGUCAAUAUUUGCCCAGAAUAAUUACCAUACUAGUUUUCACACAGUCACUACACAGAGCAGGCCCCUCACAACAUGCAUGCAUUAAGAACAAAAAUAAUGUUUUGUAUUUAACUGAAUUUCAUUCGACCUUUUGUGGCCCAUGCACACAGUCUAGAGAGAUCCUUUUGCAGCAAUUCUUUUUCAGCUCAUCCUGACUAACUUAACUGAGAUGAGGUCAUUUGCCAACUUGGUUAAACGGCAAAGGAAGGUUCAGUCCCAUCAGUCACCUUUGCCACAUCAUUCUUGUCUUUGGGGCCCACCUGAAAAAUGAGAAGAGUAACUGGUCUUCUUCCCAAGGUGCCUGGGAAGAGAAGCUGCUAAGUUUGUAAGUAAUCUUGCACUGAAGAAGUUCUUUUGAAGAACGUUGCCACUUAAUCCUCUCGAAUAGCAGUUUACUCCAGAAGUAAAGUGUUUCCCCUAAGUAGGUGCUGAGGAAAGAAAUUAACGGGAUUGCUUUCCUCCCCAUUGUGCUGGCUGUGCAGUGUGCAAAAAGUAUUUUAUGGUUGAAAUUAACCUGCAGUAGUUCAACAAGGGAAAGUGUGCAUCCUUGGAUCAAUAAUCCCCCACUUGGAGAGCGCUGUAACUGUAACCUGUAUGCUGCCCUCUCAGUUCUGCGCUCCCAGUUUUAUCUAUGGCGUUUUUCAGAAAUACAGUUCAGCUUUGAGCAGGUGGAGCCUAAGAGAUGGUUUGAUUGCUCCGGAUUUAAGCGUCGUGGAGUGAGUUGUCAUCCAACGGCAGGGAGGUGGAGCCAGUUGUCUACGUAACAAGGGAGCGACGCUUGGCUUGCUUGCUUGCUUAUUUCCCCCGGCUUCCUUUAACAGGGAGGUGGGGUUUCAAGUGCUGACCCUGAAGUUUACGUGCAAGAUGGGUGAAAUCGUUUUAAACUGGAUGAUCGUAAAGGCACGAGUCCUUCCCAACUGUAGUUCUUGACCUAUGCAGGAAUGAACAAGAAAUGCAAAGAAUGAUUUACAGAAGAGAUCAUCUGUAAUGACCGCUACUCCCUAAUAAACAAUAUAACCCUAUCGCAGAAGGAUUAAUUCUGAGUUCCCCUGUUGUGGAAGCUGUUUCUUCUUGAA